CGGAAUAACAAGGAAAAAAAAUGGAAAACGGAAAAUCUGAGGAACUCACUUGGAAUAAUUUACCAGAAAUCGCCAAAAGAGCACUAAAAAUCGUCGCUAAGCAACAAAAUUUCGUCUCGUACAAUGUAAAAAUCGCAUCUGGCAGCAGCGUUGGCGACGGCUACAUGAGUGUCAUUGUUCGCGCCACAAUUAUUGGCACGAAAUCUUCUGAAAAUAUCACACACGAAUUUCCGGUUUUGUGUAAAAUGCAAGUUGUAUCGAAAGCUCGACGUGAAUUCUCGAAUUCAAAUGCUUUGUUUAAGCGAGAAAUUGCCAUGUACAAAGAUUAUUUGCCGGAAUUGGAGAAAAUCCAACGAGAAUAUGGAGUUUCGACCAAAGAGGGGUUCUUUAAUUACCCCAAAUGCUAUUAUGCAGAGUUCGAUGAUGCCACAGACGAUGGAAUUCUCGUGAUGAACGACAUCCGUGACGAGGGUUAUGCGAUGGUGAGCAAAUAUGAACCCCUCGAUAUUGCCGUUAUUCGAUUAGUGGUGCAGCAAUUGGCAAAAUUACAUGCACUUUCGUUCGUUUUCGAAAGAAAAAAGCCCGAAAUAUUCGCAAAAUUCAAGAAAUACGAAGAUUUAAUGGAACAAAUAAUGGUCCAGCCUGCCACUGUUGGGAUGUGGAAUACAGUUUUUCCCGUAGCGAUCAAUUCGCUUCAAGGCAAACAUCCGAAAAUUGAAGAAAAGUUGAAAAAAUUGCGCGAAAAUUUGGCUGUCGAGUACAAAUAUUUGACAAAUCCGGAAAAUUCCGGCAAAUAUUCCGUCCUUGGACACGGAGACAGUUGGAGUAACAAUUUCAUGUUCAAAUUUGGUCCUUCGAAAAUUCCGAAUGAUGUAAUGGUGCUUGAUUGGCAGCUUUCACGUUAUGCGUCACCCAUACUUGACCUGGCAUACUUUUUGUUUACAUCCACUGAUAAGCCGACACGAGACGCACAUUAUGCGAAUUUACUGAAACUUUAUCACGAAACGUUCGGUGCAUUUUUGGAAAAGUUUGGAGAACAGUCCGAACGAAUUUUUCCUUUUUCUGCUUUCCAAGAGGAAUGGAAAAAAUUCGGAAAACUCGGAUUACUUCACGCACUUUUAAUUUUGGGCGUCGUUACAAUUUCAACGGAAGAUUUGCCGGACAUGGACAAGUCAAUGGAUGAAUUAAUGGACCCCAAUGCCAAAGAAAAUGCACAAAGCGCCAUGAUGAAAGCCGCCGAAGCGAAUCUUAAGAAACUUGAACCACGAAUUCGAGAUAUCGUUUUAGAUAUCGACCGGUUUGGGUACAACAUUUGAAUUUUUUUGAAUAAAUUUUUGUGGUACGGGUAAAAA